UAUUUUCUGAGCAUAGCUCUACCUCUUGCUUCCAUCUUGACCUUUCACGGCAUCCAGUAUAUCUCCUUUUUAGUCACUGCCGACUGUUCCUAGGAGAAAUAGGACGAAUCGAUUGAAAAAGACGCGAGAUCUUGUGAUCUCCUCUUCUCGCGCCUUCGACUAUCAUUACCGGCAACACCCUUCGAAAACACCCUCUCUCUCAUCAACCCUGUAUAUUAUGGACCGCCUCAACCGCACUCGCUCGCAGCAUUUCGUCAGCUCUCCGAGAAAAUCAGCGACACCGCUCAUAACAAGACACACGUUACCUCGACACCCCACAAAGCGCCGACGUCUUGCCGGGAGUGCCUUGGGGCUGGCAAGCCAUGGAAAUGACUCGGACUCGUCUAGUCUGACAGAGGAUGACAUGGAAAGUCAUCGAGGGCGUGCGGGAUCGUCAAACACGAGGCUUGGACGAUCGACGAGGUCAAAAAAAGGGCGUUUGCCGGUACAGAAUGGCAAAGGUAAAGGUAAAGAAAGAGCCGAUACGUCCGGAAAGGAGAAUGGGGACGGAAACGAGGGGGAUGCAUCUAGUCCCAAAAAGAGAAAGAGGUCCAGAAGAGGGUCCCUCUCUCCUGAAGGAAGCUGGGUGGAGACCAGCGGUGACGAAGGAGAGCCCGAGUUCAUUGCCGAGGGUGAUAACUAUCUAUUGCAAAGCGCUCCAGGUCCUACUCUGCAUAGGUUACGAAAAGUCGAACUCAUCCGGCUCUGGAAAGUCGCGGGUAUGUGGGAGAAUGACGCUGGACCCGACGGUGCUAUGGACGAAGAUGACGAGGACGAUGCUGGUAUGGGCAAGAAAGACCUCGUUGACGGCAUUCUGGGAUGUCGAAAGCCAUCUUCCAAAGGCCGAUUGAUAUCGCCCCUCCCUCACUCUCCGGGGCGCGCCAUCAGACGCCGCUCCACUCUUGAAGUGAUUCAAGAGCCACCCGCCUCUUCUCCUACCUCUUCCGACCACAUAUCCCCCGGUUCCACCCCUAAACCCCUGCCCCGCACGCGAUCUCGUGUCCGGCUCGCGGAACCUGCCGUGUUGCAUGCUGCGCCGAGACACAAAGAUCGCCGGAAGGCUUUGCGAGGAAGGAGUAAAAGUUUGGGGAGAGAGGAAGGGGGGAGGGCGAGAUUUCAGGAUGACCUACGGAGCCCCAAGUCUCAUCCCAAUGCUCGGCGCUCGGAAAGUUAUACUACAGAAUCGCCUUCAUCCUCUCACGUCACCCCUCGUCGUACGUUGCAAAAACGUCCUACUAGAUCCGAUCUUCGCGCCAAGCGCGUGCGAGCGCAGCUGGCGACUAGAAAGACGAAUGGCUCUGCCGUAAAUGGCGAGGACAGUGAGCUCACUGAGCUCUCCUCAGACGGUGGGGAGGUCGAGGGGGACAUACAAGCAACACCUUUGGUGAAACGGCUUCGGCCAAGAGGUGGCGAACGGACCAAUAUGAGAGAACCGUCGACAGAUGUGACUGAUUUUGAGGACGAGGUCGAUAAUACUGCCGAUGAAGCCGACGCAGAGGCUACAGAAGCCGAGCCUGACGAUCUCCCUGUGCGAGGUCGGAGGACCAAGGCAAGCCAAAGCAACAAGUCUUUAUGGGAGGAUGAGGAUGUGGCCAUGAAGGUUCCAAGCUCGAGAAAAAGCGGGAAGAGUAUGCCAACGAGAGGAGCCAAGAAGAAGGCUAUUGAGGCCAUCAAGGGCGGUGAAAGUGAUACGGAUGAUGGGAUGGAGGUCGAUACUGAUGUGGAUAUGGACGAAGACGAAGAGUCUACUCCAAAGUCUGGAAAGUCAAAACCUCUCAAAGCUGCGCCCGUCACCCCGCCUCGCCGCAACACACGCACGUCUGUAGACGACGUGUCUAUGAACGGCGACGACGACGAGGUUGAAGAUCAAGAUCAAACACCCAACGUCACCCCUGGUCAGAUUCACAUGACUCGCUCCGGCAAAGCAUUCGGCAUGAUGCAGAACCGGAGACGACUUUUGAGGGAGGAGGCAAGGGAUGACCCAGACAUGGAUGAGGUGGAGGAGGAGAGUGACGAUGAUGAUGACGACGGACUGGAACCUGAUGUCGACUUGUCGCAGGCUACGGCCGCGAGUCUCGUAAGACUGUUACGCGACGAGUUGGUCCAGAUGUGCGAAGCCAGAGGCAUUGAAGUCGGGGGCACAAAGCCGCAAUUGGCCAAGGCCCUCCUAGAAUGGCGCGAUGAACAGCAGGCCGCACCUUCAUCAACAUCCACCGCCCGUCCCUCUCCUCCCCGCACCGCUCUCCCCCGUCGCAAAUCCACCAAAUCCAGAUCUACCACGCGAACAAAGUCCAAAUCUAGCAAACUCCUCCCCGCUAUCGCCACAGCAGUCCACAUCCCAGGCAAGCCGACCCCGGUACUGAUGCGAGAGCACGUACACGCGCAUGAUCCUGAUACACCCCCUUUGUCAAAGGGUCAUGAGGGCGAUGUAGAAGAGGAAAAGAAGGGCACGGAGGCAGAUUUGAAUUUGGAUCUGCAAGAGCUCGGCUUGGAAGAUUCCGUCAUCAAGGCGUCGCUUUUGACAAAGCUGGAAAAGAUUGGAAGCGGUGGUUUCAAAGACGUAUAUGUGGGCAAGUAUCGAGGCCGCAAAGUGGCCAUCUCCGAGUUCAGAGAACACCUGAGUGAGAUGGACAUCCGAGAAUUGAAGCUGCUGGCCGAAUUCAGCCAUCCCAACAUCGUGCGCUUUCGAGGAAUAUGCAUACCCGAAGACUCCACCCAAGUACCGUGCAUGCUUGUUAGUGAGCUCUGUGAGAAUGGCGACUUGUUUGACUAUAUCCGCAACGUUCCCCGACCAUCCUUGAAGCGCGUCAUCACCCUUAUGCUCGACAUUGCCCGUGGACUCGAAUACCUCCACACACGCAAGCCAUCUAUCAUCCACCGUGACUGCAAAUCCUCCAACAUACUUAUCAACCGCGCGGGCACCGCCAAAGUCGGCGAUUUCGGCUUGGCAAGAGUCAAAAACUCGACGAGGUCGAUGAUCAGGAGUUUGGUGGGCACGGUGAAUUGGCAAGCGCCCGAGCUGUGGCAUCCUACACCGAGGUAUGAUUACAAGGUUGAUGUGUUUUCGGCGGCGAUGGUGUAUUGGGAGAUGAUGUCGGGAUGGAUCGGAGAUAAGAAAUACCCCUGGGAGGGCCAUAACGAACACUACAUCUACGACGCGGUAGGCAACAAGCAGAAACGCCCUUCUGUUGCUGGUCUCCGCAAGGCGUGGGGUAACGAGCCCGUCAAUCUGAUGGAGAGGAUGUGGCAUCAAGAUGCUGGAGAAAGACCUACGAUGACGGACGUGGUGCAUGAUCUGGAGGGCAUAUUGGCAGAGGUCAAGUAGAGAGAGAGAUGUUUGUAACGCGGCGUGCGGAUUUGUAACGAAUAGGGUCCAAUUCAGAGAUACAAACGUCGAUAUAGUGGGAACGUAAAAGUACAAAAUAGCAUGCUGUAUUCUAGGAAUGCAUCGACACAAG